UGUUGUUAGAACAGAUCUGAGCAUCAAGAUGAGUGGCAGAGGAAAAACCGGCGGAAAAGCUAGAGCUAAGGCCAAGACUCGUUCAUCCAGGGCUGGACUUCAGUUCCCCGUGGGACGUGUGCACAGGCUUCUGCGUAAAGGCAACUAUGCCGAGCGCGUCGGUGCCGGCGCUCCGGUCUACCUGGCCGCAGUGUUGGAGUAUCUGACCGCUGAGAUCCUGGAGUUGGCCGGUAACGCCGCUCGUGACAAUAAGAAGACCCGUAUUAUUCCUCGCCACUUGCAGCUCGCCGUGCGUAACGACGAGGAGCUGAACAAACUGCUCGGCGGAGUGACCAUCGCUCAGGGUGGUGUGCUGCCAAACAUUCAGGCUGUGCUUCUGCCUAAAAAGACCGAGAAGGCCGUCAAGACCAAGUAAACUCGUCCACUGCUA